AUGGCAGGUUCUCCGCCGGACCCCCGGAGACUGGCACCCAGACUGGUAGCCAUGCUGUGGCUGGGGGUUCUGGGCUCCUGUCUGCUCCUCUACCUGAGAUGCUGCGAGUCCGGUUUAACACGAACUUCCCGAUUAAUCCGCGACGGAACGGGACUCGAACCCGGGCAGGACGGGGCCCGGUGGGUGGAUAGUACGGGGGCGGACGGAGGGAGUUUAGGGAAGGACUGGAGAGGAGCUCGGAGACUCCCGCACGCGCUCAUCAUCGGGGUGAAGAAAGGCGGGACGCGCGCGCUGCUGGAGUUCCUGCGCCUGCACCCGGAUGUUCGAGCGCUCGGUGCUGAACCGCACUUCUUUGAUCGGCACUACAGCCGCGGCCUCACCUGGUACAGGAGCAUGAUGCCCAAGGCGCUGGACGGGCAGAUCGUGAUGGAGAAGACGCCGCGGUACUUCGUGAGCGCCGAGACUCCGGCACGCGUCCGCGCCAUGUCCCGAGACGUGAAGCUGAUCGUGGUGGUGCGCGACCCGGUGACCCGCGCCAUCUCCGACUACACCCAGAUCGCCUCCAAGACGCCGGGCGUGGCCAGCUUCGAGACUCUAGCCUUCAGGAACAGGUCGGCCGGUCAGGUGGACUUCACCUGGAGCCCGCUUUACAUCGGCCUGUACGCCCAGCACCUGGAGCGCUGGCUGGCUCAUUUCUCGCCCUCUCAGAUCCACUUCGUGCACGGCGAGCGGCUGGUGGGCGACCCCGCCUUCGAGCUGGGGCGCGUUCAGGACUUCCUGGGUCUGCAGCGCAUCAUCACCGACAAGCACUUCUACUUCAACAGGACCAAGGGCUUCCCGUGCCUGAAGAAAGCCGAGGGCAGCGGCGAGCCGCACUGCCUGGGCAAGACCAAGGGCCGGACUCACGUACGCGUCCAACCCGAGGUGAUUCGCCUGCUCAGGAAGUUUUACCGGCCGCACAAUCUGAGGUUCUACAGGAUGGCUGGAAUGGACUUCGGAUGGAAGUGA